ACUGAUGAGACUGCCAACAUUUUUCUUGAAUCUUGCUUCACCUGAAAAUCACCUCCUCAGUCCUCACGGAACACACCAACAAAUUCCGAGCGUUCUUUCUCCAUCCAAAUUAAUUGUUCUGAAACCAGUCCCCAACGAUCAUCUUACCAUUGGAAAAGUGAAGAGCUCUCCGAACAAGGUCACGGAGAAGGAAAGAAAAAAGGGUGAUGGAUAUGGAGAAUACAGGAGAGGGGAAUCAGCAGAACGUCACCAUGCCUCCAGUAGAAGGUGUUGCUGGAGGAGGGACAGGUUAUGGAUGGAAUGAUGGUGGUCUGUAUGCUUCAAACCCUCUGAUUGGAUCACUUGAUCCCACAAAGGUUUCAUCUGCAGAUCUACUGCACGUCUGGUACAUGCCAAGCACAGCAAAUGUUGGACAGCAAGAAAUGCCUAGACCUUUAGAGCCUGUUACUCUUCUUGCAGCAAGAAAUGAGAGGGAGAAUGUUCAAGUUGCAAUGCGUCCAAAAGUUUCUUGGGGUGGUCCUGGUAUUGCAGGUGUGGUGCAAGUUCAGUGUACUGACCUGUGCUCUAAUUCUGGUGAUAGGUUGGUUGUUGGGAAUUCUGUGACUUUGCGACGUGUGGUGCCUAUCUUGGGUGUUCCUGAUGCUCUUGUUCCCCUUGAUUUGCCAACCAGUCAAGUAAACAUACUUCCUGGAGAGACAGCAGCAGUUUGGGUUUCAAUAGAUGUCCCUUCUGGACAGCCCCCUGGUCAAUAUGAAGGAGAGCUUCUAAUCACUGCCAUGAAGCCAGAUGCACAAUCUUCAGCCGAAUGCAUGGAUUAUGAUGAGAAGCAUCAAAUAUACAGAGAACUUAGGAACUGUCUUGACAUUGUGGAACCUGUUGAAGGAAAACCUUUGGACAAAGUGGUAGAAAGACUAAAAUCUGUAUGUUCAAAUUUAAGAAGAGUUCUUGAAUCACCGCCAUUUGCUGAAUUCUUUUCGGAAAAUGGGCCAGUUGAUAUGAUUGAUGAAGAUACUUGUGCAGAUCUUUCAAUACAUCUGAAACUAAGUGUGACAGUGUGGGACUUUGUUCUUCCACUAACACCUUCACUUCCUGCUGUAUUUGGUAUAUCUGAAACUGUUAUCGAGGAUCGUUUUGGUGUAAAACAUGGGAGUGAAGAGUGGUAUUCUGCAUUGGACCAGCACUUCAAGUGGCUUCUUCAGUACAGAAUUAGUCCAUUCUUUUGCAGAUGGGGUGAUAGUAUGCGUGUCUUAACAUACACUUGCCCAUGGCCAGCUGAUCAUCCAAAAUCAGAUGAAUACUAUUCAGAUCCGAGAUUAGCAGCAUAUGCUGUACCUUAUGCUCCAGUACUCUCUGGUAGUGAUGCUGCAAAAGAUGCCUUGCGAAAAGAAGUUGAUCUUUUGAGGACAAAGAAUCAUUGGAAGAAAGCUUACUUCUACCUGUGGGAUGAGCCUCUAAAUCUGGAUCAAUAUAACUCCAUCCGCAACAUGUCUAGUGAGAUAAGAACCUAUGCACCUGAUGCUCGUGUUCUAACUACUUAUUACUGUGGGCCAAAUGAUGCACCUCUUGCACCUACAAAUUUUGAGGCUUUUGUAAAAGUUCCAAAUUUCUUACGUCCUCAUACACAAAUAUAUUGUACAAGUGAGUGGGUUCUUGGUAAUCGAGAGGAUCUGGUCAAGGAUAUUCUUGCAGAAUUACGACCAGACAUUGGUGAGGAAUGGUGGACUUACGUUUGCAUGGGACCUUCUGAUCCUCAACCUAACUGGCACCUUGGGAUGCGAGGCACUCAACACCGUGCAGUGAUGUGGCGGGUAUGGAAAGAAGGCGGAACAGGGUUUUUGUAUUGGGGUGCUAACUGCUAUGAGAAGGCAACUGUUGCUAGUGCUGAGAUUAGAUUCAGGCGUGGCCUUCCUCCAGGUGAUGGGGUCUUGUUUUAUCCUGGUGAAGUAUUCUCAUUGCAUCAACCAGUUGCUUCAGUUAGGCUAGAGCGGAUUCUCAGUGGAUUGCAGGAUAUCGAGUAUCUGAAGCUGUACAGUUCGAUAUAUGGUAGAGACGAGGGGCUUGCCCUUUUGGAGAAAACAGGUGCAUACCUGGGUCCAGAGCGUUACACGCUUGACCACAUGCCUAUUGAUGUUAUGCGAGGGGAGAUCUUCUGCACAUGCAGAUCUUGAGCUGAAUGUGUUUAUAGAACUUGUUUUUGUUCAUUGUUAUUACUUUUCCUUUUUUAGCUUAUACGGAUCUAAUGCUAUUAUUGGACAACAGCUUGUUGAAAUAGAAAAGCUGAACGCAUUGAAUCCUCCUGUAAGCACGCUUAGGAUUGCCAUACCCAUACUUAUUGCUUGGUUUCAUUGUUGAGCCA